UUUCUGUCGUGUCAACACCAGACAGCAAACGACGAUGGCCGACACCCUCCUGACGCUGAGCAACGACCUCGAGGGCCGCGACAAGCUCACCAAGCUCACGCAGUACUCGACGCGGGCGAUCGCCUACUACAUCCUCGCCGCCGACCCCAAGAGCGUCCUCGGGCAGCAGCUCACGGCGCUCUUCAAGGCCACGCAGUCGGCGCGCAAGGCCUUCCGCGUUGGCAAGUCGUUCAACUAUGGCUCCAAGAUCUCGGCGACGCUCAACAACAAGGCGGUCGCGCCGUACCAGCGCAACCUACAGCUCGUCCAGGACGUGGGCAUGUGCACGUUCUUCCUCUUUGACAACGCAGCCUUCUUUGGCGCCAACAAGGUGCUCAACAUCGACACCGCCGAGGCCAUGAAGCGCGGCGGCUACUUCUGGUUCUGCGCCAACGUCGCCGGCUUUGUCCUCGCGUACGAAGCGCUCAAGCAGGAAACGGACAAGGAGACGGACCUCCACAACACGCUCGCCGCCAAGAAGGCCGACAACUCGCUGACGCCCGACGACGCGCAAGCGCUGCUCGCCGAGAUCGACGCGGUCCAGAGCGCGCGCUGGAAGAAGACGCUGACGCUACUCAAGUCGACGUGCGACCUCAUCGUGUCGAGCAACACGGCCGGCGUCCGGCUGCCCGAGCGCAUCCUCGGCAAGAAGCUGCACGACGGCAUCAUCGGCGCUGUCGGCUGCGUCUCGGCGUCGGUCGUCUUGUACAACAUUGUCCACAAGAAGAAGUAAAGCGUAAUAGACAACUUGUGGUGGUGGUCGAGGGUGUUA